CGCGGAGUGCGCAGGAGCGCCCGCCGCGGAAGCGGGCGGCUCCCCGCUCGCAGCCGCGCUAUGCUUCCUGCUCACGGGCUCUCCCGCGACACCCCGCAGGCUGUCGCCGCGGCUCACUCUGCCCCGGGCGGCAGCGCCCCAUCAGCUGCGGGCCGGGCGGCACGGCACAGCACAGCGCACCGCCCGGCCGACCCCGCGCUGCGACACCGGCCCGGCCGGCAGCGGGGCGCCGCGCCGCCACCCCCGCGCAUGCUCGGCGGUGGCGGCGCCGUCACCGCCUCUCGCUGCGCGCGGUGCCGGGACCCGGAAGCGGCGGAAGCGGAUUAUGAAAUUGCUGUUGCAUAUUUUCUCAAGGUCUGGAGCAGAGCCAAGUCUUCACAAGAAUUUCUUGCCAAUCACCUAUGAAGCUCCUGAAUUUGAAGUUGCACUUCUGCAAUGAAGAAAAGGAGACGGCUCGCUGCGAAUCUAAACGAAAAGGUUCACCUUGGCCAUGAGAAAGACACUUCAGAGCAGAUUCUUGUAGUAGACUGUGCACAGAAAAUUGUCUCAAAGGCUGCAGAAAUAGCCCCUGCAGAUCAGCGUGAAUCUUCCAAAGAACUUUCGCCAUCACCAGAACAAAGAAAGCUCCUAAGCUCAUUGCAGUAUAACAAAAAUCUACUGAAAUACUUAAAUGACGAUAGACAGAAACGUCCAUCAUUUUGUGAUUUACUCAUUAUUGUAGAAGGGAAAGAAUUUAGUGCUCACAAAGUUGUAGUGGCUGUCGGGAGUAGUUAUUUUCAUGCCUGUUUGAGUAAAAAUCCAAGCACUGAUGUUGUCACCUUAGAUCAUGUAACUCAUUCUGUCUUUCAGCAUUUGCUUGAGUUUCUUUACACCUCAGAGUUUUUUGUGUAUAAAAAUGAAAUUCCGUUAGUGCUGGAAGCAGCAAAAUUUUUAGAUAUUAUAGAUGCAGUGAAGUUACUAAAUAACGAAAGCAUUUCUAACGUACAGACUGAUGUGGUAACUGAUGUGCCUACACCAGUAGAAACACUCAAUGAACUGACAGGUAAACUAUUAAACAGUCAUCAGUGCACUUUUUGUGGUCGAAGUUUCUGCUACAAGAAGUCCUUAGAAAAUCAUUUGGCUAAAGCCCACAGAUCCCUUCCACUGGAAAGAAAGCAUGGGUUAAAAAUGGUUGAGAAGGCCAGCCUUUCCACUAGAUGUUCUACAAGAAACCGCAAAUAUCCAGCUAAAUUGGAUAACAGUGACAAUGAAAGCGAUGAUGCCUCCGACAGCAAUUUGGAGAAGGUCAGUUCUGACAAAGAAACGUCUGAUAGAAGUGAAUUUGAAGACAGUGAAAGUGAAUGCAAUGCUGAUGAAGAGGGACAGGAAGAGGAAAUGUCAGGUGAAGAUUCAGAGUCUGAAGAGCAAAGUGAAAAAGAACAGAACGAUGCUGAAGAGGGUUCUGAAGCAGUUGAUUCAAUGGGAAAUAUUCCUGAAGGCUUAGCUCCAGUCGUCAUUCAAAGCAGUAGCAAAAAACUACUGCAGUGUCCCAAGUGUGACAAAAAAUUUGAUCGAAUAGGCAAAUAUGAGAGCCAUACACGUGUACACACGGGUGAGAAGCCUUUUGAGUGUGAUAUAUGUCACCAGCGCUAUUCAACAAAGUCCAACCUGACAGUGCACAGAAAGAAGCACUCCAGUGAUACUGACUUUCAUAAAAAGGAACACAAAUGUCCCUACUGCAAUAAGCUGCAUGCAAGCAAAAAGACUUUAGCGAAGCACGUGAAGAGGUUUCAUCCAGAGAAUGUACAAGAAUUUCUUUCUAUCAAAAAGACAAAGAGUGAAGGUUGGAAAUGUGAUAUUUGUAAGAAAUCUUUUACUCGAAGACCUCAUUUAGAAGAGCAUAUGAUCCUUCACUCUCAGGAUAAACCUUUUAAGUGUACCUACUGUGAAGAGCAUUUUAAAUCCCGAUUUGCAAGACUGAAACAUCAAGAAAAAUUCCAUCUCGGGCCUUUUCCUUGUGAUAUUUGUGGCCGCCAAUUUAAUGAUACAGGAAAUUUGAAACGCCAUGUAGAGUGUACUCAUGGAGGAAAGAGAAAAUGGACAUGUUUCAUCUGUGGAAAAUCUGUUAGGGAGCGAACAACUUUGAAAGAACAUCUGAGAAUUCACAGUGGAGAGAAGCCUCAUCUUUGCAGUAUUUGCGGACAGAGUUUUCGUCAUGGAAGCUCUUACAGACUUCAUCUAAGAGUCCACCAUGAUGACAAGAGAUAUGAAUGUGAAGAAUGUGGGAAAACAUUUAUUCGGCAUGAUCAUCUGACAAAACACAAAAAAAUACAUUCAGGUGAAAAAGCACAUCAGUGUGAAGAAUGUGGAAAAUGUUUUGGCCGUAGAGAUCACCUUACUGUUCAUUAUAAAAGUGUUCAUCUGGGAGAAAAAGUUUGGCAAAAAUAUAAAGCAACAUUUCACCAGUGUGAAGUCUGUAAGAAAGUUUUUAAAGGCAAAUCAAGUUUGGAAAUGCAUUUUAGGACACAUUCAGGUGAGAAACCCUACAAAUGUCAAAUCUGUAAUCAGUCUUUUAGAAUUAAGAAGACAUUAACAAAACACAUGGUUAUUCAUUCAGAUGCUCGACCUUUUAAUUGCCAACACUGCCAUGCAACAUUUAAACGAAAAGACAAGCUGAAGUAUCAUAUUGAUCAUGUUCAUGGAUCAAAGGCUGCAGAAGAGGCAUUGACAUCUUCAGAGGAAAAGCUAGCCUCCUUACCAAUGCAGUACACCUCUGAUGACAAAGUUUACCAAACUGAGGCUAAACAAUAUGUGGAACAGUCCAAAGCAUAUCAAUCAGAAGCCAAAACUUUGCUACAGAAUGUAUCUACAGAAGUAUGUGUGCCUGUGACUCUGGUACCGGUUCAGAUGUCUGAUCCACAAGCUGAUCUAGUACAGCAUACUACUCAGUCACAUGGCAUUCUUCCUCCACAACCUGAGCAGACGGAUUAUCAACGAGCAACAGAUCUGUCAUUUCUAGAGAAAUACACUCUUACUCCACAGCCUGCAAAUAUUGUUCAUCCUGUAAGGCCUGAGCAAAUGUUGGAUCCUAGAGACCAGUCAUAUCUUGGAACUUUACUGGGGCUAGAUACAGCUCCUACUGUACAGAAUAUUUCAAACAAUGAACAUUCAUGAUCAGACCAUAACAUUCCACCUAAUUUACUAAGCCAUUAGCCAACAGAAGGCUGAUAUGGCAAUUAAGAUUUAUAUUUUAUAUUUUAUUUGGACUCAUGAGUCUUCUGCAUAGUUUUGGAAAACCAGGUUUGUUUACAUGAUAUUUGAACAUUUAGGCACAUUUUGAUGCAUACUGAAAGAGUGUUUCCUGUGAUUUUAAGAGUUUUUAAAAAUCUUAUAAAUGGUCUUCUAAAAAUUGUGUUCUGAAAUAUCUUUAAGCAUAGUGGCUGAAAAAUGUAAUUACAUAUCUGGCUAUUAAUUUAAAAAAAAAUUGCCUUUCUGCAUCUCACUUUGAGUUAACAUUUUAAGUGUAAUAGAAAGUAUUCUAGAAGAAUAAGGACUAUAUCAAAUUCCUUAGAAGCUGUAAGGGCAGGCAGGGAUAUAAACCACAAACUUUGUAUUAUGUUUCACACAGAAAUUAAAAUAUAAUUUUACUUGAACCCUCAGGCAUUUUUGGAGGGUUUUAAAAUCUGCUGGAUUCUGGAACCUAGCCAAUGGAUACAGAAACUAGAUUCUUCUGAAAAGUGAUUCAGAUAUUUUAUGCAGACACUAAAUGGGGUGUUUGGUGAUCCCCCUGAGCAUAAUUAGGCUGCCUAAAUUUGGCCUCUUAAUUCUUCCUUGAGCUCUGUAUGUUAAAUAACGUGGGAAGAUCUAGACAGUUAUAUUGUCUAAUUUUCUACAGUUAGACCUAUAUAAUUUUAAUAUACAUUUUUUCAUGCAAUCUAGUUUGUCUUCUAAAGUGUGCCCCACACUCUAACUUUGAAAGAAAUGGGAGUAUUUGCAAGGUCAUUUUAAUCUAUGAACACUCAUAAAGAAUUGGCAUGGUUUAUUUUUGUGAGAAUGUAAGUUACGCCAGGGUCCCACAUUAGCAUGCUCAUUUUCAGGUUAUCUGUGACGGAGAAGAAAUUUUGAAGACUAUUAUUUCCAGAACAGUACUUGACUUCUAUCGAAAAAAAGAAAGAAAUAAUCAGUACUUAUAAAUCUCUAGUGAGUUACUAAUGAAAUUGUUUUGUUUCUCACUUUCAGUGUUUAUAAAACAAAGUCAAGCUCUUGAGAGUAUUUUAUGUCUUUAAUUAUUUUUAGCUUUUUCUUUACUAGGCAUAAGGGUUUUGUUUUGGUUUUGUUUUGCUUUGGGUUUGGUUUUGGUUUUUUUCCAAAAGAAUUGUUUUGAAUUACAGGUCUAGUGUAAUUCACAGUGAAAUGGAGUAUAAUUUAACCUCAUCAAGCUUCCUAUUUUAAGCCUACUUUAAAAAUAAUUAUUCUGUGUUUGUUUGGUGAAUAUUAUGCCAAAGAAAAUACCUGAAUUAAUCUUAUCAUCUUCAUUAUUCCUCACAAGAAUUAUAUAUUAAGGCAAAAUUUUCCCCAGGUUUUCCUGUUCUUAAAUUAUUAUCUUAAAGAAACUUUAAAAUGGGAAACUGGGCAUAUGUGUAUUAUUGUAACUGUUAAAUUCAUCCAAUGACCUGAGCACAAGCAAUCUGUGGUGAAAAGCUCUUUUUAUCAUCACAGUUCUAUGAACUCUUAAGUGGCAUGGAUCAUUUUAAAUCCUAUUCAAGUACUUUGGUGUUAGAUUCUGUUAAUCCCCAUCUACUUCGGCUUUGAGCAGUUUGCAGGAGAGGGGCCAGAGCUGCCUGAAUGUUCAUAUUUUGAAGCUUGUACCCUGAUGGAUUCUUAACCUAAACACACCAAAGAUUUCUGUUAGCUGUUAAAUAGUGGCAGAGUUAUAGAAUUUUAAGUGUUACCAAUAUUUAAAUAGGACUUAGCCAAAGAAGCACAAUAGAAGUCCUAAACUUUAAAAGUUCAGUUUCUAAAACAGGACUACAUAUGUUUAACUGUUCUAUGUUUGUAUCUCUAAAGUAAAAUUUAGAGCUGUGCUCUGGGAAUGUUCGAAUUGACAUGCUGUAAAUAUAUCUGGUAGGAAGCUGAAUACUAGCAAAUACACAGCAAUAAUGAGGCCAUUGAAUGCCACCUUCCGAAAGGACACUAUCAAGUACUACCCUUUCUGCUAAGUCCACCUUCAACCCUUUUCAAAAUAAAACUGUUUCUGUUAUCCUUACACUCCAUGGCUUGAAAAUGGCUGGUUUAUGUGUAGUUUUCAAGUCAACAUGUAUGUAUUCAUAUAAAUGCUUCUGGACAUGAAACAUGACUUCCAGCAUUUGUAAUUGUACUGUUAAAAAUAACCCAACAUUAGUGGUAUCAGUGCAGUUGUCAGACUAAAAAGCCUAACUCUUUGUUAUUUCUUGUUUUUUCUGUCCUACAGUAGAAAAAAAGUAUUGUAGGAUUUUGACAAAACAGUGUCUUGCAAGUAGUUGGUAACUAAAUUUUUCUUUUUAAAACCCAGUCUGUUCAGAAGGCACUCUAGGAAAGUACUAAAAUGGAAUUUGGAGCAUGUUUACUUGAUAAUGUCCUUUUAAAAAUUCUUUCAUUAUCGUGCCUUUUAUAUAUAUCCUGAAUAAUGGCUUUUUUCUCUAGUUCAGUUGAUUAUUUGGAAAACAUUACGGUCAAUAUUUUCCAAAGGGCUUCGUGUUUUUUGGGUGCCCAACAAGAAACAGACUAUAAAAGGACUCAUUUUUCAGAAAACAAGUGCUAUCUUUCCUGUUUGGGUGACCAGAAUUACUAGUCAUUCCUGGAAAAAAUGACCUACUAGUUCUUUGGCGUUCUUUUGUUUGCAGAUAACCCUACUAGUUAGUGUUUUUACCUGCUGGUCAGGCUGGAUCAUUGCCAGUUGACAGUGAAAGAAAAUAGGAAAGCUUAUGUGCUAGAUACAUAGUUUUUAUUUUUUUAAUAUCAUGAGCUGUAAUUCUUAUGGCUUUACAUCUAUUUAAAAUUCAUGUAUGAACAAAGUACAUUUUCUUGGACUGGUACUUCACUUGGUAGAUGGAAGUAACUGGUCUCUGCUUGACAGAGGACAGUUCCUCUUUGGAGGACUGGAGGUGAAGGGCAGAGAUCUGCACCUCAAAGCUAUAUGGGUCGAAACUCUGUAGGUGUCUGGUACCUCCAUUUUAAUAUGUAUGUGUACUCAUACAAGAGUGCAUAUCCUAUUGAGCAUUGAGGUGCUUUUACAAUAAAGGCUAUGUUUUAUCUGGCAGUCACUGACUCAGUUGACCAUUUGUUGCCAAAGAAGGAAGAAGCAGGUCUCUCUUAAUAAUGUCUUUAAAGAGUGAUCAGUGGCACAUUGCAGAAAGUUGGUCUUUUCCACCAGCUGACCUUUGGGGAGCAGAGUGGAUUCUGUGUUGUGUUGGUACUCUGAACUGCUACAUGGUUCUGAGAGCUUAUUGCACUCAUUCUGAAUUCUGUAUUUUUUGCUAAACAGAAUUAAGUGGAUUUUAUGUUCAGUUUAUUUAUUUAUAUUGGAAUUUCUUUUUUGAGCACUGACACUUUUCCUACAGAAGUAUGGCUCUCACAGGUUCUUUUUCUGCUGAACAUCAGUAAUUGUAAUGGUGAUGAUACAUCUUCUGUAAGGCUGUGGUUUCCUUAAAAAUAUAGUGCUACUUUAGUCUGGAUUGUAAUUCGGGUAGUUAUUUUUAAAGAUGGGUCAUGCCAGAACACAAUAACAGAAGACUUGUUGGUAUCAUCAAAGAGCUAGGCUUACUUCCCUAGUAAUGAAUGUGAAAGAGCAUCCAGAACGCUGAAGAAUGCUUCAAAGGAAUCACUUCAUGAAGUGCUUGACUGAACAUGAAAUGUGUUAUGGAGUGCUAAGGAAUAAAUGACCCUCAAGUUUUAAAAUCUAAAAUGAUUUCUGUGUAGAAGUUAAUGAAUGUAGAGUUAUGAAUGAAUUCUAAGAAGGAUGUAGUAGAUUAUUGUUUUCAGGGAAAAAAUAACCCCAACCUAUUAUUCAAAAGUGAAAUGCUUCUAUAUUGAGCAUACCUGCGUAACUGGUCCAGGUUGCGUGUUCUCCACGUGACUGAAACUGAAGGGACAUAGAAUGUGUUUAUCUGUAGGUCCUUGUGACUCCUGCCACAUGCCAUCUCUUUCUACAAUACCAUCUCACAGUGCUUUGGUUGUUUCCAUCAUAUGCAUUGAAGAAUGAUACUGGCAGAAUAUAAUGCAGGGCAGUCACUUUGCUUAAGCCUGGAAGGGUCUUUUUCCACGGUUCCUGAGAAAUGUUUUGGUUUAAAAGGAUUUGGUGGAUUAAAGGUAACAAUGGCAAAAUUUUUUGAAUCCCCCAUAACCGUUUUGAUCGUGUUUAAAUGUCAGUCCUUUUAUAUGAAAGAAUAAGGUGAAAUAAACUCAAUAUUUUGUCACUGGUAUAUAAGAUAAUGUGUUUUAAAUGUGAUCUGUAUAAGUUGAUAUUUUAGAUGGAAGUCUUUAAGUAAAGUUGUCUUUUUCGGGGUAAUUCUUUGCUGUAAGGAAAAGUUAGGAAGUGUACUGUAACUGUAGAAGUACUCAGUCCUAUGUGUAAUUUUGUUUGUUAUGGAAAAGUAAAGUUCUCUUGUCUUAA